CGAAGGCCGUGAAAAGGGCGGUUGUCGAGCAGGCAGAGCUAGGGUGCAGCCGAUUGCGUGAUCGCGUUGACUGAGCAGCGUUCGGUAGGAUGAGCGUUGUAUGUGGGGAGGAUGGCAUCACCCUGUCUGUCGGAAGCGGGGAGAGCUCCCUCGGUUGAGAGGGGGAAUCCAAGAGUCCCCUCGUCCCCGAUAUUGUACUUAUAUGGCCAGAUAUCUCGCGCCCACAAGUUUCAACGCUGCUUUCAGGUUUAUACGCCUAGUCAGGCAAUAAGAUAUAUCCGGAUUCCACCAUGUCGACGACAAUCGUCUCUCAACCAUCUGCUGCCGCCGCCGCCGCCACCACCACCACCACGGCGAACGAUCCCAGCUACAUCCCACGCGGGCCCGUCGAGGCAUCCAUAGCCUUCUGGCACCCUCCUGCCGACGGCUCCAAACCAUUCUACUACGUCGAAAAUCCACCACCAGGCCAACCCCAAUCCAACCUCAUCGAGGUCCCCCAGAAGGUCUCCAUCACCGACAUCCGCGGGCACGAAGCCAACUUCUGCCUCGACCGCGACGCUUUCCAGGCCCUCCAGAACGUGCCCCCAACCAAAGCCGACCCCUCCUUCACCGACGACGCAAACAUCAAGUCCGUCUACUACCCAGAAGUCGAGGACCUGAUCCUCACUCACGUCCCCGGCGCCACCCGCGUCGUCAUCUUCGACCACACCAUCCGCCGCAGCAACCCGGACGCCCCUCGCGGACCUGUGACCCGUGCACACGUCGACCAGACACCCUACAGCGCCGCCGAGCGCGUGAAAUAUCACCUCCCGGCCGACGAAGCGGAGCAACUGCUGCGCGGCCGCUAUCGCAUCAUCAACGUCUGGCGCCCGCUCAACGGGCCCGUGCAGGACAUGCCACUAGCCUUCGCAUCCUCCCUCUCCGUCGACGACGCCGACUUGGUCCCCGUCGAGCAUCGGUAUCCAGAUCGUACGGGCGAGACCGCCACGGUGCUGUAUGCCCCCACGCAGAAGUGGUACUAUUGGUCCGGGAUCGGCGGGGAUGAGAGGUUGUUGUUAAAAUGUUCGGAUUCGAAGGAGGGUGCGCCCGGGAAGAGAGUGCCGCAUACCGCCUUUGUAGAUCCGAGGACGCCGGUGGGCGCUAGGGGCAGGGAGAGCAUCGAGGUGAGGUGCUUGGUGUUUGGCUAG